CGCCAGCAGACUACGUCGACCUGCUGAUAGCAGCGCGAGCACGCUGCUGCCGCUCGCGGAGAAAAGUUGAGGUAGUUGAGACAGACGGACAGCAGUGGCAGAGAUGGGAGCUUCACAGACGCGCUCCGUGAGCAAGUAUCAAGACCUUUCGGACAGGACGGGAUUUUCACCAGAGCAGAUUAAAAACCUCCACAAAAGAUUCCAGCACCUAAGUGGAAAUGAAGAGACCAUCAGCAGAGAAAACUUGGACAAAAUCCCAGCCCUCAACAACAAUCCAAUCAAAAAGCAGAUUGUUGAAGCAUUCUUUGAUAAAAGAAACCAGCAUCAAAAUGAGGUGGGCUCCUUUGAGGAGAUUGGCUUCGAGCAGUUCCUCAUGGUCAUGUCUCACUUCCGCCCUCCAACUUUGAGACUGACAGAUGAGGAAAAAGAAGGCCUGAGAAAGGAGAAGCUUCGCUUCCUGUUCAACAUGCAUGACACAGACAAUGAUGGCACCAUCACUCUGGAGGAGUACAGGAAGGUUGUAGAGGAGCUUCUGUCUAAAAGCGGCUCCAUCGGGCUGGAAGCUGCCAAGGCGAUAGCAGAUGCUGCCAUGUUGGAAGUGGCGAGCACAAAUGUUCCCCACAUGGCUCCAGAUGAUUUCUAUGAAGGAAUUACGUUUGAACAUUUUGAACAGAUUUUAAAAGGACUUGAAAUGGAGUCCAGAAUGCACAUUCGCUUUUUGGAUGUAGACACUACAACAAUGCGCUGUGGGAAAUCGACCUCUUGAAGGAGUUGAUCUUGUAGUGAAUCGUUUAUGAUGCUGCUGUUUUUAGC